AUGUCUAAAAAUUCUUUAACAUUUACAUUGCCUAAAACGCAUAUUUCUCGUUUCAUAUUCCUUUGCUUUAUCGGCGUUUUUUACUAUGCGCUUUGCCAAAACGCAUUGUCUGGCGAUUUUAAAGGUCGGUUUGUAACACCACUUCCUGUAAGGAAAACUCCCAAAAUUUCAGAGGAAAUAAAGAUUGUUGAAAUGAAGAAUGGAAGAUAUCUCAACGAGUCAUGCGACAUCGAAUUUGGGAAGCCAUUGGAAAGCGCUCUCCUGAAAUACAUCAACUCUUCGGCUGUAUUCGAAUGCGAACCGAAGCGAAUAGUCCAAACGGCACUCCGAGAGGGUCUCCUCGAUAUCCGAGAACCGGCGUUUAGCGAGUUGGGAGAGUGGAGCUAUAGGUAAGAUGCGAUUUACUAUGGUCUUUUACUGCUCGGCACAAAAAGUUUUGAGAGUUUGCGCAGUCGGUUUUAAUGCGACACAAUUCACUUUCUCUGCGGCGAUGCGAUUUUCGCUGCGACACAGUCCCUAUUAAAUAUUUUCCUGACCGACUGAUAGCAGGAGUUAUUUUAUUGUUUUCAGAUGCAUUAAGCCUAUCAGCAUGGCUGGCAUUUCCGCUGAAGAGUGGACAAGAAUUGUGAAGCCCAAAGGAACUGAGAUUCCCUGUGAUGUGGUCGAAGUUAAAGCGGAAUCAAUGGGAUUGCGAACCUACGGAUACGUCCACGUUCAAGUUGUCAAACAGUAAGCUCAACAAUCGAACUUUAUGAAAACUCUAUCAUUCUGUCGGGAAAAUAAUGAGCACUCUGUCGCUGCGCCAAUCAAGUCGCUUAAGUGAAAAGUAACUUGAUUUUGCCACGACACAAUUCGUUUUUUCGGCGGCAAUACAAUUUUUGAUGCAACAGAACUCUCUCUAUUUUCCCGACAGGCUGUAAGUAAGUCGGAGGGAACUGGAGUAGCUGCAAGAUUUCAGAAACAGCCAGAGAAAGAGUUCGAAAGAAGCCCCGAGCGUUCACAUCAUCCUUCUGGAUACAGUCUCCUUCCCCAAUUACAUGCGGUCGAUGACAAAGACUCGACAAGUCUUAACGGAGAAUUUAGAAGCAGUUUCCUUCCCCUUCUUGAACAAAGUCGCCAUCGGAAGCACUCCCAACGCCAUGGCACUUCUUUUUGGUAAAAAUUCCUUCAGCGCGCUGCUUUAGGCCGCAUCUGCAGGAAAUGUAGAUAUCACUGUGUCGGGGAAAUAAUGAGCAUAAUGUCGCCGUGCCAAUCGCGUCGCUAAAGUGAAGAGCAAUUCAGAUUUUCCAAAAAUGCAUUUUCUGCGAUUAUUUUCGGUCCGACAGACUGCUGAUUAUUUUCCCGACCGACUGGUAUGAUAGCACGACUUUCAUUGUUACGUUCCAGGACUUCAACCGGUCGAUGUUGAGGAGACUGUGUGGGGACCCGGUAUACCCAAACCAAAUGUCGUCAGACCGUUCCUGCUUUCCAAGUUCAAGCAGCGCAACUAUCGCACUUUGUUGGCCGAAGACGACGCAUACAUCUACGGAUGUAGGCGAGAGUGUUCUGCAACUCAGGAGCUACCCGACCACGGGCUAAAGUGAGUAAAGAUAAGAAAGUUGGAGACUUUAUCCGAGUUCGCAUAACUGCAUGCCGGAUUCGGCGAAGAAAGCCCGAUUUAAUCGGAGAAGCGAUGAACUAGGCUGAUAUGAAAUCAUCGUUCUUAUAAAUUCUCGUAUUGUUGAAAACGCCCAAAAAAUGCGAAAAUUUCCCCACCAAUUUUAGUGCCUACGGACGAAGAAGCGGGUUUUACGAUGUGUCGCGGCCAGAUCUCUACUACUUCGACCACGCCAACAGUCGGCAAACGUUCAGUGAGCAUUUUGACGGCUUCUGCACCCGCAAGCAUAAACCUUUGCUGGAAGGAGUCAACGACUUCAUAAACCUUUACCAAGAUGACGCUCAAUUUUCGAUUACUUGGAUUACGCAUUUAGCACACGAACACCAUAACGCGCUAUUUGAGGUCGACAGCGAGUUUGCCGACUUUUUCAAGCGCAACCGCGAAAAUGUAAAGCGAAAAAACUCUGAUAUCAAGUGUGUUUUCAGUUCGACAACUCGUUCGUAUUUUUUAUGGCCGACCACGGACCAAAACACGGGGUAAUCCGCGAUGUAAUCGCUGGUUUUGUUGAGGACAAUAACCCAAUGUUAACAGUGAUUGUGCCAAAACAUCUCCGAAAGAAUCACGCGGCGCACGAGGUCAUUCGCUACAAUGCCAGACAAUUGGUCACCCAUCAUGAUGUCUAUGCAACAUUUAUCGACAUCUUGGAGGUCGGUAUCCGAAGGAAACGGUCGUUUGCCCUGGCGCAGAUCCCAACAGAGGGCACCAAAAAAAAGUUUUGCGACAUUUUGUCUUUCAAGCCGCAAAAGCAAGAUUCAAAUUGUCGCCAUUAACAAUGGCUGCCUUUCAGAACUUCCAAACCACUUCAACCCCUUACCAAUAUAACCCAGCAACUCACAGCACCGAUCUCGGCUCAUCCUUAAUACGGAGCCUUCCCCAACCCAGGAACUGCCACUCCCUGCGAAUCCCAUUCCUGUACUGUAUGUGCAAAAAGACGGUAAAACGAGAGCGGAACACAGCGGUUGGCAGGAAAAUUGCGCAACUCGCCAUUGACUCCAUGAACAACUACAUUGUCCAAAACAACCUGACAAACUAUUGCAUGCCAGUCAGUCUUCAUAAUAAUAGUGAAAUCGAAGUGGCCGAGUAUAAUAUUCGAGGGGUUAAUGGAGAGAAACUCGUCCAUGUGCUGUUCACCACAUUCCCGGCGGAUGUAAGGUUCUCGACGGAGGGUAGUGUAAGUUUUGAAGUAAACAUGGCGGUAUGUUUGCAUUACUAUCAGUCUGUUGGGAAAAUAGUGAGCACUCUGUCGCCUCAAAAAACGUGGGCGGGAAACAUUUUUCGUAUAUUUCGGGUUGCCGUGUGUUGCGACUUUUCAAACGGCGACGAGUUCAAGAUUCUUUGGUCCAUUUACAGGGGGGCCUGAUCGAGUGGCAAAAAACGUAGCAUUUUGCAUCCAGAAAGCAUCAAAAAAUAUGGCAAAAUACCUCCCUCGCCAAGUGAAAAAAACUCAGUUUUCAAAAACGCGCCCGAUCUUAUUGUGCGAAAAAAGGGCGCGCGCUUCAAAACGAAGUUUUUUCACUUGGAGAGGGAAGCAUUUUGCCACAUUUUUGAUACUUCCCGGAUGCCAAAUGGUACGUUUUUUGCCACUGGAUAUGUAGUCGUCUCGACUUGCCCGGAAACCGGGCUGCCCCGAGAACGACUACCUACAAAUUCACUGUUAAAUAUGUUCUUUCAGAUCGACGGCGACAAAGUGGCGCUAAUCGAUCAAAACUAUUUCCGCGUUACAAAAUACCCUGAGGCCGAGAUUGCUUAUCGGCGUGAAAACGGUCUGCCCCCAAACUACAAGCAUUUUUGCUAUUUCAAAGGCCUUUAUCAGAGUUUGUUAAACUAA